AUGAACAAGGAUAGGCAGUCUGACAACGAGUGGCUGAGCUUUUUCCAACGCUUGUACCACUUCAAAGCGGCACACCACGGGUUUACCGACAGCCAUGAUCCGCAAACGGGCACCGUCGCCAUGGCAAUGGGGCUGGCCCUUUUCCUCGGCGUCAUGGUCGUCAAGGCAGUCACAGCCAUACAAGGCAUCAACGCGGUGGUCGCCGUCGAAUUGGGGACUCUGGGGACAAAAGUCAAGCAGGCACGGUGGCGCGUCCUCGGGAGGAGGUCCUGCCAAAGAUCAACGGCAACCACCACUUGGUGGCGGCCUCACACAGCCGGUGAAGAACUCAGCGGCUCCCCUCCUGUAUAA